CCGCCCACCUGCCCCCUGCCUCGGGGAACGGCUCCCCCACCGCGAGCCCUUCGGGCCUGACUCCGCGUCUUCCUCCCGUGGCCCCUCAUUUUUGUAUUCUCCUGUGGUCAGUGUAAAUUCCCGUUCCGUUGGAAACAUGUUUUAAGGGCCGGUUAUUCUUCCUGAAAUGAGCUUGGUGAUUAGAAAUCUGCAGCGAGUCAUCCCCAUCAGGAGAGCGCCACUUCGAAGUAAGAUCGAGAUAGUACGGAGGAUUUUAGGAGUGCAGGAAUUUGACCUGGGGAUCAUCUGUGUUGACAACAAGAAUAUUCAGCACAUUAAUAGAAUCUACAGAGAUAGAAAUGUCCCAACCGACGUGCUUUCUUUUCCAUUUCAUGAGAAUCUGAAAGCAGGUGAAUUUCCCCAGCCUGAUUUUCCAGAUGACUACAAUUUGGGAGACAUUUUCCUCGGAGUGGAGUAUAUCUUCCAGCAGUGCAAAGAAAGUGAAGAUUACAAUGACAUCCUGACAGUGACUGCCAUCCAUGGACUGUGUCACUUGCUGGGCUUCACACAUCACACAGAGGCAGAGUGGCAGCAGAUGUUCCAGAAGGAGAAGGCGGUGCUGGACGAGCUGGGCCGACGCACUGGGACCCGGCUGCAGCCCUUGACCAGAGGCCUCUUCUGAGGGAGCUGCCGGCUGCGUUCCUCCCGAGAGCAGGAGCGGGUGGGAGGCGGAGGCGCAGGCAGCCGGGUUCGCCGCUGCGCCCCAGCCCGGCAGCUCACAAAUAAACAACGAAUGAAAGUAC